AGUUGCGGGUGACCCCGGAAGCAGAUCGGGGAAGGGGGGCGGCGGCUGGAAGACCGAGGCGGGGGAGAGGGGUCGUAGCUCUCCGGAUUUUAUUUACUUGUGUUUUCAGAAGGAACCCUCCUCCCCCUCCCCCCCCCCGAGGAGUCCGCGGUAGCAGAGCGGGAGUGUGACGGGCCCCGGUUGUUUGAUCGGUGAGGCCCAGCGGGGCGGUGGGUGCCCCGGCCCGGCCCGGCCCGGCCCCGGGUGAUGGGGCCAAGGGGCGGAUGGCGGGGCUUUGAGUGGUGCUGCGGCCGCUGGGCCAGAUGCCGAGGCCUCGAGUAAAGACCAACAAUGCCAGGGAAGCUGAAAGUCAGAAUUGUGGCUGGCCGUCACCUGCCAGUUAUGGACAGGGCUAGUGACCUAACGGAUGCAUUUGUUGAGGUAAAAUUUGGUAAUACAACAUUUAAGACUGAUGUGUUCCCGAAAUCACUCAACCCCCAGUGGAAUUCAGAAUGGUUUAAGUUUGAGGUUGAUGAUGAAGACUUGCAAGAUGAACCACUACAAAUCACCGUUCUGGACCAUGAUACUUACAGUGCUAAUGAUGCUAUUGGGAAAGUAUAUAUUGAUAUUGACCCAUUAUUAUCAAAUGAAGCUGCAGCCAUUUUAUCUGGCUGGUUUCCAAUCUAUGACACUAUUCACGGUAUCAGAGGGGAAAUUAAUGUCAUGGUGAAAGUAGAUCUUUUCAAUGAUUUGAACCGCUUCAGACAAUCAUCAUGCGGGGUCAAGUUCUUCUGUACAACAUCCAUUCCGAAAUGCUACAAAGCAGUAACAAUCCAUGGGUUUGUUGAAGAAUUGGUAGUGAACGAGGAUCCAGAAUACCAGUGGAUUGAUAGGAUACGCACACCCAGGGCUUCAAAUGAAGCCAGGCAGAGGCUAAUAUCACUAAUGUCAGGAGAACUGCAACGAAAAAUUGGCCUAAAGGUACUUGAGAUGGGAGGCAAUGCUGUAGUGGGCUACCUGCAGUGUUUUGACUUGGAAGGUGAAUCUGGAUUGGUGGUACGUGCAAUUGGGACUGCAUGUACGCUUGAUAAACUGAGUAAUACAGUGACAUCGCUCCUCCCACCAUGUAGUUCCCCGUCCAAAGACCUGAAAGAGGUUCCCUUCAGUGAAGAUCCCAACCCUGUUACUCAUUCAUCUGGACCCUCCACCCCACUGAAAAAUCAAACCUAUUCCUUUUCACCUUCCAAGUCCUACAGUCGACAGUCCUCCUCUUCUGACACAGAUUUGAGUUUGACACCUAAAACUGCAGCACCUUCCCCUGAGGGGCCUAGGAUUUUCCUCUUUCCCAGUUCCCCUCCUCUCUUUUCCGGUUCCCCACUUCAUAAAAGUGCACAUCUCCUUCGCUCGGAGGCUCUGCACAGCCUUACUCCUCCUCAUUCUGGCUAUGUGAGUCCAGUCUGUCUGAGGAAAACUGUGUCUUUCAAUGAAGAGUUGCUUCUAACUGCCUCUGGUAUGGGAAGUGGGAGCGGUGGUAAAGAUGGAGUUCCGCUGAAAACACUCUAUCGACAGCAAACUCAGUCUGCUUUUGAACAUAGGGAAUUUCCCUUCUUCACCCUUACAACAUUCCCACCUGGGUUUCUUGUUCAUGUUGGUGGUGUAGUGAGUGCGAGAUCUGUGAAGUUACUGGACCGAAUCCAUAAUCCGGCCUUUGUCGGAAUUAUGGGUAACACAAGAUCUUACAAACUGCUAGACUGGAAUAGUUUCAAUGCAGAUGAACCUGAAACUCGUGAUGCUUGGUGGGCUGAAAUCCGACAAGAAAUCAAGUCACAUGGCAAAGCUCUUGGAUGCCAUGCAGUGGUUGGAUACAGUGAAUCUACCAGCAUCUGUGAGGAAGUCUGUAUCUUGUCUGCUUCAGGCACUGCGGCUGUACUGAACCCAAAGAUGCUUCAAGACUGCAGUGUGGAAGGCUGCAGUGAACACAGGUUGUCAAGGCAGCCUAGCUUCUUUUCCACAGGGUCAGAGAAGGGAGAGUUUGAUUUUUUUCUUCAGUGCCAGGAUAGUGCUUCUAUAUUAGGGUUGGAUGACACAUCAUCCCAGGGCUGCAGUUUCUGUCACAUUCCUUAUGAUGAGUUAAAUAUGCCUUUCCCUGCACACCUUACAUAUUGUUAUGUUUGUCGGAAGCAGAAAGUUCCUGAUGUUCUCUUCACCACAAUUGAACCUCCCUUAGAAGCAGCAGUAACUGGAAGAGGUUGCUUAAUACAGGCUAGGCUGUGCCGUCAAAAGAAGAAAACUCAGGGUGAGGCCAAUGCCACGGCAAUAAGCAAUCUGCUGCCUUUUAUGGAGUAUGAGCUCCACACUCAGCUGAUGAACAAACUUAAACUAAGAGGAAUGAAUGCACUGUUUGGCCUAAGGAUUCAGAUUGCAGUUGGUGAAAAUAUGUUGAUGGGCCUUGCUUCUGCUACUGGUGUAUAUUUGACUGCGCUGCCCUCUCCAGGUGGUAUACAAAUUGCAGGAAAGACGCCCAGUGACUCUUCUUAUGAACAGCAUAUAUCAAAUAUGCAGAAAAAGAUUAAUGAUAUGAUCAUCAAGAACAGGGAAAUCUAUGAGAUUAAUCCUCCAGAGAUCCUAGAGGAGCUGCUUGGAUCCCCAAUCCCAGAAUCAAGGCAGCGUUCCAGGCUCUUUAGGUCCCAGUCAGAAAGUUCAGAUGAUGUUUCAGAACUGGAUCUUUCACAUGGAAAAAAGGAUGCAUUUGUAUUAGAGAUUGAUGAUGCUGAUGCAGUUGAAGACAUUCACUCAUUGUUGACAGAUGCUCCCACACCAGCUGGUUUUUACAGUUGCAAUACAGAAAUUAUGCCUGGGAUCAACAAUUGGACAUCUGAUUUACAGAUGUUCACUUCAGUGAGAGUGUUCCGGUUAAACAAUGUUACUAGUCUCACAUCACAUGGACUUAAUAAAGCUUUUAGUGAUCUUUGUGAAAAUCUGCUGAAGACCCUGUACUUUAAGCUCCGAUCCAUGGUACCUUGCUGCCUUUGUCAUGUGAAUUUUAAUGUUGCAUUGCCAGAAGAUGAGUUAAUCCAGGUUGCAGUUACAGCUGUUGCAAUAACAUAUGACAAGGACCAAGCCCAGUGCGUCACUAAGGCUUACACAGACAGGACCCUCCUGAAAGCUUCUGUGGAGAAUGAAGACCAACUGCAGUUUACUUUGGAACUCUGCAUGGAAUCGCAGUCUAGUCAGUCUGCUAUACACUUUUCCCCGAGUAAAGUUACAGGGAUUACAGAAAGUGGCAACUUGCAGCAAGUCACUCCAGCAGCACAAAGAGCUACCUCAGUUGAUUACAGUUCCUUUGCAGACAGAUGCAGCAGCUGGAUAGAGUUCAUUAAACAGAAAGCUCAGACCAUAAGGCGUGGAUCAAUUAAAACAAUUGCUUCACUUGACAAAGCGAGCCCACUGGCUGAAGCUCAUACACGUCAUCGCUCACCAAUAUCAUGCACAACCUCCACAGUCACUGUAGUGGAAAUGACCCCCCUCUCCUUCAUUCCUGGUGCAAAAAUAACUAAAUAUCUCGGAAUCAUCAAUAUGUUCUUCAUUCGGGAAACCACAUCUCUGCGUGAGGAAGGCGGAGUAAGUGGAUUUCUUCAUGCAUUCAUUGCUGAAGUGUUUGCUAUGGUGCGGGCCCAUGUCGCUGCCUUGGGAGGGAAUGCAGUCGUGUCUUAUAUCAUGAAGCAGUGUGUGUUUAUGGAAAAUCCCAACAAAAAUCAGGCACAGUGCCUUAUCAAUGUAAGUGGUGAUGCUGUGAACUUCUUUAGAGAUGCUGAUGUGGAGCUGACAUCAACUCAGCCUCAAACAAGUGGCUUACAGACAGGAAAUGGCAGUGGGGACAUAGUCACAUGAAACUGGUACAGAAUAAUUCCUGCUGUCGCUGCCUGGGUUUCUGGAACAGAUCGAAGACCAUUUUUCUACAUUUCCCACCUCAUAGGUCAUUGUUCUCUGUAUGGGUAUCUGUAUGUAACUGCUGUACUGUGUUACACAGUAUGUGAUGACCCGUAUUGUCCUAGAUCUGUAGACAUGUGAUUAUCCUGAGCAAAUAGUGGCCAUCUUGACACGUUAUCUGUUAUCCAGGAAUUUAAAUUUCUUGACCUUGCAUCAUCUGGAUCUUUAGAUGAGAAGUGAAUGUUUGCUCUAAAUGUGGAGAUUAUAUGUAAAAUACUCUUAAGAAUUGGCAACAUUUCUAUAGUUGAAGACUUUUUCAGUAACUUUGAGUUAAUACUUGGCACCAAGACCAAAUAUAAGGGUAUUAAAUGGUACUGAACUGUAUUUUAAGCCAAUGCUGUACCUGUAAAACUGGAUGUUUAUCUGUAAAUCCUGCUCUUUGCAAUGAUAAAUGAAAGCUGGAAGUGCCACUAUCCAAAUGUUAUAUCAACAUAGAACUUCAGUGCCAGUCUGAGAGAGAAAUGCUGAAACUCUAUGUACAUCUUUCUGUGAUGUUCUAAUGUAAUAAGCCACAAAAAUGUAAGUUUUCUUUUAUUAAGAAAAUACAUAGGCUAGUCAGAUUCACAAAGAUUGUUAAAAUUAGAAAAUGUUGGAAGGUUUAGGAAUCAAAUUUGAAAUUGCCACACCCAGCAAAUGGCACUGUAUAUUUCUGCAUAUCGAAAAAUGGUAUUUUUGUAAUUCUCAAGGUGGAGCUUUAAGAGGAUGAAAGCUGUUAAAAAGCUUCUCAAUCUGUGACUUGCAAUAUUGCAGAACCAGAGUGCGUACAGGAGGCAUUCGAUUGUGGGGUUUUUGUUUGCAAAUUUAGUGCAUAACUGAAAACUUGAAUGUACAGAACACUUAAUUUUUAAAGGUUUCAACAAUUCACUUGCUUUGCACACUUCAGUUCAUGAAAAUAAAAUUCUCUGCUGUAGUUUUGCAGAUUGUAACAAAGAUGUAAUAGCAUGAAAGAAAAUAGUUCCCUUACUUCCUCUGGGGAAAUAAAUAUUUUAUGAAUAUUUA